UCUGUCACUCACAAUUGGAAAAAAUCUAAGCGAACAUCAUCUGGUGAAAAUUUUUAAUAAAUUUUUAUUAUUUUUUUAAAAAUGGGUCGUGAAAUAAAGAAAAUAUUCGCUAACAAGCCAAAGUCUGGCAAAAGUUCUGCAACUUUGAACAACGAAGAAGACGUGAAGAAGAACAUGGCUAAGAAGGUUAGGGCUGACCCUGCUUUAGUAGACAAAACGUCAACGCUUACCGAAGCUAAACUACGUAAAUUGAAGGUUGACAAUGAGGCUGUUGGUAAAGUCACCAAAACCAAAAACAAGCUUAAAUCCAAAACUGUUAUACUGGAGAAAGCAGAAAUGAAAGAUUUGAUUACAAAUCAUUUAAUUGCUGCUGCUUCAGAGCAGCAACCAAGAGCUACAAAGCUUAAGGACAAGAAGAAAAGCAAGGUUAAUCCUGAAUCUGAAUCUAUUUUGGGUGAUCCAAAGAACAAAGCAGAACCAACUUCAUCCGUAGCAGAUAUUUUGGAAGAGUCACGAAAAACUCAUAAAGUCAAGAAUGCCAAAAACAAGCCCAAGACUAAAUGUGAGUCGAAUGAUUCAAAUUCUUCAUCUGCUGCAAAUGUGGAAGGACUUCCAAAAAAUAAACCAAUUGAAGACAAACUUACCGAAGCUAAACUACGUAAAUUGAAGGUUGACAAUGAUGCUGUCGGUAAUAUCACCAAGUCCAAGAAUAAGCUUAAAUCCAAAACUGUUGGACUGGAGAAAGCAGAAAUGAAAGAUUUGAUUACAAUUGACUUAAUUGAUGCUGAUUCAGAGGAGCAACCAAGAGCUACAAAGCUUAAAGACAAGAAGGCAAAUAGCAAGGUUAAAGCUGAAUCUGAAUCUGUUUUUGGUGAUCCAAAGAACAAAGCAAAUCAAACUUCAUCCGUAGUAGAUAUUUUGGAAGAGUCACGAAAAACUCAUAAAGUCAAGAAAUCCAAAACCAAACUGAUUGCCGAAUCUUAUUUGGGAGAUCCAAAGAUCGAAACCGAAGCAGCUUCACCAGUAGAAAUUCCAAUGCUUCAAGCCAAGAAGCCCAAAUUUAUGGCUGGAUCUGAAUCGAAUGAAACAAAUUUCAAAACCCCUUCAUCUGCUGCAAAUAUGGAGGGACUUCCUAAACAAAAACCAAUUGAAGACAAACUUACCGAAGCUAAACUACGUAAAUUGAAGGUUGACAAUAAUGCUGUCGGUAAAGUCACCAAGCUCAAGAACAAGCUUAAAUCCAAAACUGUUGGACUGGAGAAAGCAGAAAUGAAAGAUUUGAUUAAAACUGAUUUAAUUGCUGCUGCCUCAGAGGAGCAACCAAGAGCUCUUAAAGACAAGAAGGCUAAAAGCAAGGUUAAUCCUGAAUCUGAAUCUAUUUUGGGUGAUCCAAAGAUCAAAGCAAAUCAAACUUCAUCAGUAGCAGAUAUUUUGGAAGAGUCACAAAAAACUCAUAAGGUCAAGAUCAAUACUGAAUGUGAAUCCAAUGAUUCAAAUUUUUCAUCUGCUGCAAAUAUGGAGGGACUUCCAAAAAAUAAGUCGCUUAAAGACAAACUUACCGAAGCUAAACUACGUAAAUUGAAGAUUGACAAUGAGGCUGUCGGUAAAGUCACCAAGCUCAAGAACAAGCUUAAAUCCAAAACUGUUGGACUGGAGAAAGCAGAAAUGAAAGAUUUGAUUAAAACUGAUUUAAUUGCUGCUGCCUCAGAGGAGCAACCAAGAGCUACAAAGCUUAAAAUCAAGAAGGCCAAAGGAAAGCCUAAUGCUGAAUCUGAAUCUGUUUUGGGUGAUCCAAAGAACAAAGCAAAUCAAACUUCAUCAGUAGCAGAUAUUUUGGAAGAGUCACAAAAAACUCAUAAAGUCGAUAAGGCUAAAAACAAGACCAAGACUGAUUGUGAAUCGAAUGAUUCAAAUUCUUCAUCUGCUGCAAAUGUGGAAGGACUUCCAAAAAAUAAACCGAUUAAAGAAGAAGCUAAACUACGUAAAUUGAAGGUUGACAAUGAGGCUGUUGGUAAAGUCACCAAGUCCAAGAAUAAGCUUAAAUCCAAAACUGUUGGACUGGAGAAAGCAGAAAUGAAAGAUUUGAUUACAACUGAUUUAAUUGCUGCUGCUUCAGAGGAGCAACCAAGAACUCUUAAAGACAAGAAGACCAAUGCUAAAUCUGAAUCUGUUUUGGGUGAUCCAAAGAUCAAAGCAGAACCAACUUCAUCCGUAUCAAAUGUUUUGGAAGAGUCACAAAAAACUGUAAGUGAAAAUAUGGAAGAGAGUCUGCCAAAAAGUGAGCCACGUGAAUUGAGUGUUGCCAAAAAGGCUAAAAACAAGAAGAAGUCUUCAGCUGCUUCUAAUGUCAAUAAGAAGAUUGAAACGGGCAAUAAGGCAAGUCCUUCUACAUCGAAUAGACCUGAAGGUGGUUUAGUCUCCUUCUGUUACACUUGCAGGGUCUGUAAGAGUCAUUUAUUUAGAUCAAGGUAUAUCUUAUUAUCACCAGAUUUUAUAUUUGACUAAAAGCAAAUCAAACAUGCAAUUCAAAUCAGCUGUUUGUAUAUUUGUCAACACAGGGUUGCAUUUUCGAAGAGAGAGUUGCCACCCAGUCAAAAAAAGAAUCGCAAAAUAUUUCUAAUCAGUGAGAGAAGCAAUAAAUUAU